UGUUCCGUGUUCUUCCGUGCAGGUGACCCUGAAGGAGACCACCAGCUCCCAGCGCAGCCUGGAGAUGCAGCUCCUCAGCACCCGCAGCAGCGACUCCAGCCACGAGUUCCGCAUCAAGGAGCUGGAGGGCAGCAGGAGGGCCCUGGAGCAGGAGAACGAGAUGCUCAGACAGAAGCUGGCGGGCCAGAGCAGUAGCUCCACUCUGCAGGUUAAGACAGAAGAGCUGUCUCGCCAGUAUAACCAGAUGCUCACUUCCCUGCGCGAGGAGAAGGACAGGGAGCUUCAGAUCCUCCGGACCCAGGUGAUAAAGAUCCAGACUGAACACACCACGGAGCGCACCAGUGACAGGAGCCUGCAGCUGCGCAUCACCGAGCUCCUGGCCACCCUGGAGCUGCGCGAGACUCUCAUCAAACGGCAGGCGGAGGACAUCCUGAGACUCCAGCAGGAGAAAAACAGCGCCGCACAAAAUGUCACCAGGACUGUCAUCACUAAAAGGUACAGGAACCAGUACCCCAUGAUGGGGCUGCUCAGCGAUGACUACCAGUCCACGUCCCCGGUCAAGGACACCAAGACCAUUGUGAUCGAGAAUAGCGGAGAAAUGAUCAAACAGGAAAUCUUUACCACCCAUUAAAGAACAAAACAAAAACCAAACUGCUUCUCUCUGACAGGAAUGAAUGACAUGAAGACCCUGGAGACUCUCUCUCUCUCUCUCUCUCUCUCUGUCUCUCUCUGUCUCUCCCUCUCUCUCUCUCUC